CAGAUAAAAAAUACAGCGUCGGCACUUGGCACAACGCACAAACCUUUGCCUGCUCCAAACCGUGUCUCUCCGCCCACCGACCUACUUCAGAUCCACACAGCCAUACGGUAUACUGCCCCCAAGCACAACGUGCCCUUUCACCGCCUCCGCUCUCACCACGCAACCCCGCUUUCCCUGUCGGUGCAAGCGCCAAACGCCACUGCAGGCUGACUGGCCGCCUGACCGAUCACAGCUCACAGGGAUGCAGCACUGCUCUCUAAAUAGCAUGCGCUGCCUGGUCUUUGCCGCUCACACUCACAGCACAUGUGCAAAUCCGCUUCCGCUCCUUCUUCAAAUCCUCCCUCUUGGGCACCGUGCUCAAAGCACAAGCGGACGACAGUGCCGCGAAACGCAUGGACUUAUUGCUAGCUGCGUACAGCAUCUGCAGACUACUCUCGCCACCACCACCAGCGGGAUUCACGUCCUGUCGCAGCGCCUUGCCCGUCGGACUCCCGCCCAUGGCGUACGCCAGCCGUGCAGCCAGCGAAGCGCAACGAGCAGGACGAGAAGGCCAAGUAUCAAGCACGAAAACCCCUCCUGCGGGUCCGUCACGGGGAGCACCAGCACCGCGAGCGGAGAUCGCCGUCUGCAAAGGCGACGUAUUCUGGACCUCUGUUGGAACGCCAGCGUGGUCCACAGGGGGAUUUCGUCGAAGUUGAGCUAGGCAAAAAAGACUAUCACCAACUUCACCAGGAACCUUUCUCCUUCCAUGUGUUGUGCAGCAUGAUUGCUGCCCGCAUCAGCACUUCAACGGCCGAUGCCAACCCAUGAAUGCCGCCGAUAGCAAGAAUGGAGUCUAGGGCUUCGCGAACCCGCGCGGCUCUGUUUCCGCAUCGACCAGUGCAAACGUG